AUGAAACGUGUCUUGAAACAAACAUUGCUUCGUAGCUUAUCCUUCGUCAUGUUCAAACAUGCAACAGGAACACAUGGGGGUGGAUUUCUUGGUAGUGGACAUGGUAGAGGACAUGACAUCGAAGGUGGCAAUUUUGAGGAUGGAGGCGCAGGAGAUUUCAAUGAUGGGGGAGGGGAUACUUUUGCUGGGGUAGGAGGAUCUGAUUUUGGCGGUGGUGGAGCUGGGUCUGAUUUUGGUGGUGGAGGUGGAGGCUGUGAUUCUGGUGGUGGUGGAGGUGGAGGUGGAGGAGGUGGUGGCUGUGAUUCUGGUGGUGGUGGGGGUGGAGGUGGAGGAGGGGGUGGCGGCGCUGGCGGCUGUUGA